AUGUUGUAUAUAUACGAUUGUGUGUUUAGAAAGACGUGAACACCGGGAGUGAUCGACGUAGUAACAUUAAAAAUUGUGCGCUAGACUCGCGAGGUGGCUUUUUAAAGAGUGAUUCGAGUGAUCGCGAAAAAAUGUCCGAGUUUGAUUUAAACAAUCUUAAUGAAUGCUUGGAGAAGUACUUGCCAAUUGAUAAACUAACCGAGGUCAAACGAAUUUUGUAUGGUCUUGAAGAAGACCAAAUACUUGAUCUGUCCGAUAGUGCAACAGCAAUAGCACAGAAGCAUGGAUUUGAAAUUAAGGGCUAUCGGUUUACGGCACGAGAGGAGCAAAUACGUAAGCCACGGGUGGUGCGAGUCGGCGCCAUUCAGAAUUCAAUAGUGUUGCCCACUACAGCACCGAUUGAAGAUCAACGCACUGCGAUCUGGAACAAGGUGACAACAAUGAUAAAAGCGGCAGCAGCGGCUGGAUGUAAUAUUGUGUGUACCCAAGAAGCUUGGACAAUGCCGUUUGCCUUCUGCACACGUGAAAAAUUUCCCUGGUGUGAAUUCGCCGAAGAGGCUGAGCAUGGCCCGACGACAAAGAUGCUCGCUGAGCUGGCUAAAUCCCACAAUAUGGUUAUUAUUCACUCAAUCCUGGAACGAGACAUAGAACAUGGUGAGACCAUUUGGAAUACGGCCGUAGUUAUCUCAAACAACGGACGAUACUUGGGGAAGCAUCGUAAGAACCACAUUCCCCGAGUGGGAGACUUCAAUGAGUCGACCUACUAUAUGGAAGGUAAUACCUUUCAUCCGGUGUUCGAAACCGAGUUCGGAAAGCUGGCUGUCAACAUCUGUUAUGGGCGCCAUCAUCCACAGAACUGGAUGAUGUUUGGCUUAAAUGGCGCAGAGAUUGUGUUCAAUCCCUCUGCUACAAUCGGUAGACUCUCUGAGCCACUAUGGAGUAUUGAGGCACGGAAUGCAGCAAUUGCCAAUAGUUACUUCACGGUUCCGAUCAACCGAGUCGGCACAGAGAAGUUUCCCAACGAGUACACGUCGGGAGACGGUACCACAGCUCACAAAGAGUUUGGUCCCUUUUACGGUUCAUCGUAUGUUGCUGCGCCGGACGGCUCCAGAACACCGAGUUUAUCGCGAGACAAAGAUGGCUUGCUGGUGACUGAGCUUGAUCUCAACCUCUGCCGUCAGAUUAAGGACUUCUGGGGAUUCCGAAUGACACAACGCCUUUCCCUUUACGCAGAAUCUUUUCAAAGAGCAUCGAAGUCGGACUUCAAGCCGCAAAUUAUCAAAGAGUCUUCAAAAUUAAAAGAUUAAAGAGACUAAAAAGAUAUUCUUUGGGAUGUGAAAGGUGACUAGCGCAAUAAACAUAAGUGUAAACUUGUAACGCUAGGAUAAAGCAUGAAAAAAAAAGAAGGAAUCAAAAGCUGAUUUCAUGGGUUUUCCUAUUCAUCCAAUUUAUUUUUGUCAGUGUGAAAUUUAAGCACAUUGGUUAGUCUACGUCUUACAUCUUUUAGUCGGUGCUUUGUACAAAAAAUACGCGGUAUUUUCUUUACUCUUAAACAAUUUUUCUAUUUGGCUUUUGAAAUUUUUUUUUUCUAAUCGGGUUCAAGUCAUUUUUUUUGUACAUGUGCUGCGGCAAGUUCAGAUGCUUCGAUAUCUGCUGGAGCAAUAUAUUAACUAUAAACUAUAAUUUUAUACUGUUCAUUAAAUUAAAUUAUUUUUAUAUUGUUGAUUAAAUUAAAUUUUUUGUAA